GAUUUCAUUUUUGGGACAGCUAUAUUUAGUUACGUUAUCAGUAGCGUGUGUAUUCCAGCAUGUGCUACUAUACAUAAUUAAUUUGUACACUCAGCGUCAUUAAUGCUUGAACUUACCGAUUGAGUUUUCCCAUUUAUAUUACAUGAAUGGCACAAAGGCAAAAAUAGACUUAUAACGAAUAAUGAGUAGGCAUUCUUUUGAACGAUAAAUAUGUUUGUGCUGCGACAAGCUCACGCCGCAAUCAGUGAACCAAGAAACUGAUAAUAACAAGAUAAUUCAAGACUGAUGUAACUACACUGUGAACCAGCAGCUGCUUUUGUGAAUCCUUACUUAUCUCUAAAUUUGUGAAAAAAUGGCGGACCCAAAACCGAUUAUUAAAUACACGCAACUAUUUAUCAAUAAUGAAUUUGUCGAUGCAGUAAGUGGACGGAAAUUUCCGACUAAAAAUCCUGCAACAGGUGCUACAAUUGUAGAGGUAUCUGAAGGGGACAAGGCUGAUGUGGAUAAAGCAGUUGCAGCGGCAACCCAAGCUUUUACGAGAGGAUCACAAUGGCGGAAUUUAGAUGCAUCAGCUCGUGCUGUCUUGAUGCACAAGUUUGCCGAUCUGCUUGACCGCGACAAAGAAUACAUUGCCAAUAUUGAAACUAUUGACAAUGGAAAAGUUUAUGAAAGCUCCUUGUUUGAUGUUCAAUGCAGCAUAGAAUGCAUACGUUAUUAUGCCGGCUGGUGCGACAAAAUACAUGGACACACUAUUCCCAGUGAUGGAAACAGUUUUACGUUAACACGCAAAGAACCAAUUGGUGUCGUUGGUCAAAUUAUUCCAUGGAAUUAUCCUCUUAUGAUGCUUGCUUGGAAAUGGGGUCCUGCUCUUGCUGCUGGAUGCACAAUUAUUUUAAAGCCAGCGGAACAAACUCCAUUGAGUGCACUUUAUGCGGCAGCUCUCACCAAAGAAGCUGGAUUUCCGUCCGGUGUUAUUAACGUGAUUCCUGGAUACGGUCCUACGGCCGGUGCUGCUAUUGCAGAACAUCCUGAUAUCAAUAAAGUGGCAUUUACUGGAUCUACAGAAAUAGGACAUGGAAUUCUGAGAGCUUCUGCGGAUAGUAACUUGAAACGGGUCAGCUUGGAACUUGGCGGAAAGAGUCCUCUUGUUAUCUUCGACGACGCUGACCUUAAGGAAGCUGCUCAAAUCGCACAUGACGCAAUUUUUGCGAAUCAUGGACAGAAUUGCUGCGCUGGUUCCCGUACUUUCGUGCAAUCCACAAUCUAUGACGAGUUUGUUAAAGAAGCCAAGCGUUUAGCACUUGAAAGAAAAGUCGGUGACCCUUUUGAUCCUAAGAUGCAGCAAGGACCGCAAAUUGAUCAAGCAAUGUUUGAUAAAGUCAUUGGUUUGAUUGAGUCUGGUAAGAAGGAAGGAGCUGUUGCAGAAGCUGGUGGUGAGCGUGAAGGAAAUAUUGGAUAUUUUAUUAAGCCAACGGUGUUUUCUAAUGUCACCGAUAAUAUGAGAAUAGCCAAGGAGGAAAUAUUUGGACCGGUACAAUCAAUUUUAAAAUUUGAUACUCUCGAUGAAGUUAUCGAACGUGCUAACAGGACCAACUACGGCCUUGCUUCUGGUGUGAUAACUAAAGAUAUCAAUAAAGCUCUUACGUUUGCUCAAGCUAUACAUGCUGGAAGUGUCUGGGUGAAUUGUUAUGACGCUAUAACUCCUCAGACACCCUUUGGAGGAUACAAGAAAUCAGGAAUCGGUCGUGAACUUGGUGAGGAAGGACUUAAGGAGUACCUGGAAGUUAAGACAAUCUCUGUGAAGGUUCCCACAAAGAACUAAAUGUGUUAUCAAACGAUCAUUACGUUUAUAUUUCUUCUAUAGUCAUCUAAGUUUUCUUAUAAUGUUGUUACACACCUAAAUAUUUCAUUCGAAUGGUGUCCUAUGAUUCUAACAAUUGAAGAAUAUUUGUAUGUAUAAUAUAUAUCCUUUGUUUCAAUUAAAAUCAUUAAAAAUGUAAUAAAUGACGUUUACUGUCUA